UCGGGGAUUUCCAUCGGGGGCGCAGCGAGCGAGCUGGAUUGGGGAAAAAUCAAGGCGGAAUCAAGGCGGAUCCUGUGGCGAUCUAGAGAUGCUGGAAGCAGAUGAAGAGGCGUGCGGAGGAGAUGUUGCGCGUGCAUCCAGCAAAGGCUCUACCCGAGGCAGGGAGCGUGAAGACGGGCGGCUUCAACGGCAACAAAUCCGAGCAGCAUCCUUGACUUCGGCUAUCCUAGCGACUGGAGGACCAGUCCAGGGAGGCCACUCGCUCGGCCAGGAGGGCCGGGGGCAGGUGCCUUCAUUGCCAGCGCCCAUGGUAGCUACUUCGGGUCAGGCGGACCCAGAUCGCAGACCACCCAAGCACGCUAGCCUUGGCCAGGAGGGCCAAGGUUUGGCGGCCAGGAGUGCGCCCAUCAGGGGGGUGCUGUCACUUGGCCAGGAGGGCCUACUUGGGGCGUCCCUGCAUUCUAAGCGGGGUGAUGGCCCUGGUCAGGAGGACCAGGGUGCACGCUUGGGUGCCCCUGCACCACUACUGCACCAAGGCCAGGAGGGCCAUGUGCGGCUACACCUGGGAGCACCCCCAUAUUCCCAAGUGAUGGCUAAUGCUGCUGCCAGUCCGGAGUGUCCUAUUGGCCAGGAGGGCCAAGGGAUCCACUCAAAGGGUGCAGCUAAUGCCGUUUUUGAUGCGGCUGACACUUUUAACACGCAUAAUCAGGUUUUAUUUGAGCCUGGGGUGCUUGAGGCACUUACAGGAGCUGUGGCUGCAAGGCUAGCUAGCCCAGCUACGGCCAUGGAGUCUGGAGUGUUUACUUUUACUGCUAAAAAGAAUCCUAUGCAGGGCAACGCAAAAAGAAAGGAGAGGAAAGGUAAAAAGAAGGGAGGGGAUGAGAAAGCUGAGAGUGCUCGAAAAGAGAUCAUAGGAAAAAAGAGGGGUGAUCCUUUUGGGGUUCCACCAACAGGGAGUGACCAAAAAUUUUCUUUUGAGAGGGAAAUGGAUAGCUAUGAGCGUGUGCUGUAUGGUGACAUGAGUGUUUCUUCCAAGAGAGUCUGUAUGGGUAGAGUUGACACUAUGAGGGAUGGGGAUGGUAUAGUCACACAUGUAGCAAAGGAAACAUAGGAGGAGGAGGCAUACAUGCAAUAGAGGAGGGAGUCGGUUGGAGAUGAUGGCGCAUCGGCGGCCUCCGAGGAGGAGGACCGCCGGGCCAAAUGAGGAUCCUAGGAUGGAACUGUCGUGGCAUGCUCUCCCCCAUGGCAGUUCGUGAGCUCUUGGAGCUCCAGCAGCGUACCAAGGCUGAUUUGAUCUUUCUCUCAGAGUCACACUUGAAUAAAUGUAAAGCAGAUGAGCUGCGUUGUUCUUUAUCUUUUGAUUCGAUGAUUGUAAUAGAGAGUGAUGGUCGGGCCGGUGGCCUAGUCUUGUACUAUAAUAAGUUGAAUAAAGUUGUU